CGUAUUGCAUGCAUCUCGCGAGUUCAUUCAUUCUGAAACAGAAAGCUGAAGCUGAAAAUAACUUGGACAGCACCUUCUCUAGACGUUUAUACUAUAGCCAUUGACUAUUCCGAAGAAUUUGGCAGUUGAAUCUACUGAAUGAUGGCUCAUACCGCAAGAAAUUCAAAUAUGAAUACUCUUGGUUUUAAAAAGCUGCAGAAUCUUGACAAUGAGAACGCUGGUGCAAGGCUUGGUGCAAAGAGCAUGGCUGUUCAAAAGCCUGCACAGAGGGCUGCUCUGGGUAACAUCAGUAACACAAUGCGAACCACACAGGUUGCUGGUAAAAAGGUUGUGAAGAAAGAUGCAAGGACAAAAACGAUGGUAAAAUCCAAGGCUACGUCAUCACUUCAAUCUGUAGCUAGUUUACCUGUUCCUGUAGACAACUCCAAGCCAGAUAUCUGCAGGUCACCAUUGCCACAAGUAGUUGACAAAAUGGAGGUAGAUUCUGUGGAAUCGGCAAUUGAAGCAUUUUCUCAACAACUUAGCGAUCUGCAAGUAGAAGACAUCGACAAAGACGACAGUGACAACCCUCAGCUGUGUAGUGAAUAUGUCAAAGAGAUCUACCUGUACAUGAGGAGCUUAGAGAAGAGAAUGGCCGUGCCCGCUGCCUAUCUAGAUAGGGAAGGUCAGCUGACGGGUCGUAUGCGUCACAUCCUUGUCGACUGGUUAGUUCAAGUUCAUCUGAGAUUUCAUCUUCUCCAAGAGACACUCUUCCUCACAGUACAACUCAUUGACAGAUUCCUGGUUGAUCACACGGUCUCAAAAGGAAAGCUUCAGCUUGUUGGUGUUACAGCGAUGUUCAUUGCCAGCAAGUAUGAAGAGAUGUACCCUCCUGAAAUCAAUGACUUUGUUUACAUCACUGACCAAGCAUACACCAAGUCACAGAUCAGACAGAUGGAGAUUGUCAUGUUGAAGGGGCUAGGCUACAAUCUAGGCAAACCUCUGUGCCUUCACUUCCUCCGACGCAACUCAAAGGCAGCUAUGGUUGACCCACAGAAGCAUACUCUAGCGAAGUUCCUGAUGGAGAUUACUCUACCAGAAUACAGCAUGGUGCAAUAUGAUCCAUCUGAGAUUGCUGCAGCAGCCCUCUACAUGUCCAUGAGAUUAUUAGGUUCAGAAGAAGACGGCUGGGGAGCUAAGAUGACACAUUACAGUAUGUACAAUGAAGAUCACAUCAGACCCAUCGUUAGAAAGAUGGCACAGGCUGUUAUCAGGAAUGAUGCCAUGACAGAAAAGUAUCAUGCUGUAAAGACAAAAUACCGCAGCAGUCGAUUCAUGAACAUCAGUACUCUCCCAGAGCUGGAAUCCGAUCUUAUCAAAUCAUUAGCAGAAGAUGGUGAAGAACGUAUGUGAGAGAUCAGUAGGAUCAAAGACUUGAAAGACACAUUUGACUAUGAAACUCGUCUGCAGAAAUGGACUUCUCCUUGAUUCAGUGUCUUGCUUUCAUUCAGAAUCAAUGAAUGCCAUGUGCAAUGCGUCCCAGUUGAAAUUUGAAUUCCCGAGCUCGAGCGUAUGUGGAAAUUCCUUGAUCUGAGAUAAUCCCCUGCAUUGCAUCUUUUGGAGAAAUUCACCAAUGGUGCCAUUGCAUUUUCUCGCAGGUUCAUUUCAUUAUCUUUAGACUGCCAAAGGGAUUUUUCCUAUCGCGUUAUGUGGAUUACAUCCAUCGGGCGAAUUAAAGUUGUCGAGUGUACAAGUUUCGCUAACUCCAAGUUGGGUCAGAAAGGCCAGGGCCCGUAACACCAUGGUUAGCGAUUAAUCGUACGCUGGAUUUUCAUCACUGAUUGUGUUGUAGUCUAUGCAAUCAAUUGUAGAAUGUUUUCCGAUCAUUGCUAACCUUUGUGUUACGGGCCCCAGGUCUGUCAAAGGUAAAACAUGCAAGAUGAACAGAUGAAAUGUAAAUACACUGUAGGGCCGAUGCUAGUGUUGGAUAAAACAGGAUUGCUUAAAUAGCCUUGCCUUCAUAACCUUGCUCUCGGAAUAAUGAUGGGUUGAAAAUAGAAAUGUAUUGUCGCAAGUUAUGUACAUGUACUUAGUUAGCAUGCGUGGCUAAUGGGGUCGUGAGAUAGAAGUUCAGAUUUUAAUCAGUUUAUAAUUUAACAAAAUUAGAUCUCUUCCUAAAAAAAAUCAUUUGAAUUUAAGUGUAAUAUUGGUAUGAAAUUAGCUCACAUUUUUAAUGUAAAUUAUGUUAUGUAUUCAUUAAUUUAAAUCCUGCACAGCAUGCACUUUUUUUUAGCCAACUUUUGAAAUAUUUGCACCCAAAAUAUCAAAAGCCACUUUACAUGUUCACAAGAUAUUUGUUGACAUUUUAAAAAUAUCCUCAGAACUAACAUAUUGCUGCAGCUGAUAUUGUGAAGGUAUGCUGUAUUUUUACCAGGAAAUCACGAAAUUUCAGCCGCAGGAAGAUCAAUAUCAAUUUCAACAUAAUGAAGCAACUGGUCUCAUCAAUGUAAACUUAAGCUUUGGUUCUUCCGGGGGGGGGGGGGGGGGGGGGGCAAAUCUCCCUACUCAUAUAUUCCAUGAAAGUACGGUAGAAAACAAGUUUAAAGGGGAAUGAAACCUUUGGAACAAAUAGGCUCGUGUAGAAACAGAAAUCAAAGAAUAAGAAUAAAGAAAGUUUGAGAAAAAUCGGACAAAUAAUGAGAAAGUUAUGAGCAUUUGAAUAUUGCAAUCACUAAUGCCAUGGAGAUCCUCCCAUUGGCAAUGGGACAAGGAUUUGUGAUGUCACUGAUGAACAACUUUUCUUUGGACUAUAAAAUAACCUCAAACAGUCUCUUUUUGCUUUUUCUUAUGAUACAAAUUCUCUAUCCAUGAUGUAUUCUAAAAAAUAUGUAUUACAUGCCCUCAUGUAGAAAGAACACAUGAUCUAUGGAUAGAUGUGAUAAAAGGGGCAAUUCAAGUGAAAUGUAUGCUAAAGUAAUGGGAGAGUUGUUCACAGGUGACAUCACACAUCUUUUUCGCAUUGCCAAUUUGAUGUCUCCAUAGCAUUAGUGAUCGCAAUAUUGAAAUGCUCAUAACUUUCUCAUUAUUUGUCCGAUUUUUCUCAAACUUUUGUUGAUCUGUUUCUGUGAUUUUUCUGUUUUCACACAAGCUAUCUUGUUCCAAUGGUUUCAUUCUCCUUUAAGAAAAUGAUUGAGCAAGAAAGUAUGAGCCUUUGAAUGUGUUGAUCACCUUUGUUAUGGACAUCUUCCAAUUAAUGUGACCAAUAUUUGUAAUGUCACUCUUGUGGGAGUCCCCAAUUUUUUUCUACAUAAUGUACUUUUAUCCAGUCUAUCCAUAGAUCGGGGGGGGGGGGGGGGGGGUCAUAAGAGGAUAUGCGACGUUCAUGAAUUACACCAUGGACAAUGGGUUUGUGUUGUCAGAAUAAAAAAAAGACGUUUUGGAAUAUUUUCAGUGUCCAAAGGCGAGACGUUUGUGUGUGAUAUCACAAGUCUUGGUGGAAUUGCCAAUGGGACAUUAUCCAUAUAUAGCAUUGGUGAUUUUGACAUUAAAAUGCUCAUAACUUUCUAUAAUUGCUCAGGUAGGCUAAAUCAAAUUGUAACUUAUAUUUUCAUGCUUCAGUGGCCAAGUCCAUACCAACAAUUCAAUUUGAAUAUCAAUCACAAAACUGAAAAUAUAAAGUUCUGGUAGUUCCUUUUGUAUAGGUCUCUUACAUGCUUCCAUUAAGACUACCUAUCUUACAUGUAUCUCCCAUUUUGAUUUGAAUUUCUGGUGUAAUCUAUUCUCAAACAUUGUUGGGGUUGACUUGACCUUAAUAUGUUCCAACAGCAAAAGUACUGUACUAAAUUAUGUGUUUUAAAUGGUUGAACUUCAUUGACAUUAAAAUUGUAAUUAUACCAGUACCUGAUGCAACCUGGUCCUAAUGGAAAAUUAGAUGUCACUAGAAAGUUUUGUAUAUCAUAAGCUCUGAAUAAACAUAUCUUGCUGUGACAUGAAUUAUGCAGAGUACGAAAAAUCAUGGAUGUGCAAUGCUGUUGCACCCCCAUAAAAUAAAUGAAAGAUUUCUAUGCAUACUACCCCGCCCCAUAAAAAAGGGUAAACGCCAAUAUAAUUAAGUGGCAGUAACUAUCAAUCAAAAAGUAUGUAUGAAUCUUUAAUUCAAAUAUGUAUCCAAUCUGCAAAAUAAAAUUUUCCAUAUUACAAUGCACUAUGUAUUCAUCAGGGCUGCCACUUUUUAGAAUGAAGUCUGAAUCUAACAUAUAUUCUACCAUAGAAAACCAUUGGGUAGUAGUAAAGGGUCAUUCUCUAUUUUCAGACUGAUAUCAAGCUCAAGUGGCAUCCCUUUUUUAUAUGACAGGUAAUACCUGUAGAUGGGUUGCACAUUUCAACUUAAGUUAAUCAUGUUAUUUGUGGUCUUAUUUGCAAAGUGGAAAAUACAUGUAGUGGCUUUUAAUUGUAUACAGUACCAUAAUAAAGAUUUAUUGAGAUUAUA